CAGUUAGUUGGGGAAGAAAGAAUCCUUACUAAAAUAAUGUCUUUGUAAUAGGCCUACCUAUAAACCCAAGAACAAAAAUGCAUUUAACACAAUGUUGUUUAUUUAUUCAUGAACACGUGCUGUUUAUACAGAUGAAGCCAUAGCCUACUUGCUUACAGUUGGAGUCUUCAUAUCGCAUUUUUGCACUGGUAAGAUAACUGAUAUUUGAAGGCAUAGGCAGGCCUAGUUAAUCUACUAAACACGAAAUAGUCUACUCAACCAAAUUGAAUUUAAUCUAAUGUGGUCUAACUCAGGAAAAGGCUUUUUAAAGUGCCGUCUUCUCCAAACAUUUUCUAAUUGGGCAUUUGGCACACAGACAGUGUGAAUGACAUGGUAAAGAUAAUGAAUGAAUGAAAAGGUAGCCUAAAGUUACCCGGAUAGCCUCCAAUAAUAUGUGUUUCAGCUGUUCCGACUCAGUCUGUGUGAUUCAGUUCUCAUUUUACCAUUAUGUUUGACCUCUACUUGAAAUUUGUCUGGGGAAAUAAAGUGCAAUGACCGUGAGAGUAUCAAUGCUACUAACAUUAUAAAUUAAAUGUCUUCCUUGUCUCAUGAAUGGCAAUCAGAAGUUCUGUUCGGGCUACCUGUAUGCGAAUGAAGGGGCAGGGGCAUUGAAAUGGGCAAGUCUCCGUCGGUCAUUCACGAGUGUCACAAGCAUCUUUCGCUUGUUCCCUCUGCUUCAAAAGUGGGCCAUCGUCAUCAUUAGCCUGCUGUUUGACAACCACAGGGAAAGCUAUCUACUGAAAACUGCUGCUUCUCUAGUUCUAUGGGACAAACCUUUUAGCCCGAGUGCCAGGUAUGAGGAUCAGGCUGCAGGGCUCCAGUCAUGCGGUGCGUCUCCUCUCUGAACUCAACCGCUGCCGCCUGUCCCGUCUCCUCUGCGAUGUGGUGCUUCAGGUGGGUGGGCGCUCCUUUCCAGCCCAUCGAGCCGUCCUGGCCUGCUCAUGCACACACUUCCACAGUCUCUUCUCUCAAGGCCCGCGCUCCACUCUCUCCCUGGACUUUGUGUCGGCAGCCAACUUUGAGAAGGUGCUCACUUUCAUCUACACGGGGGAGAUCUUCACUGACCUGAUCGAUGUGAGGGUGCUGUAUGAGCUUGCUGAGAGGCUGGGUGUGAGGGAACUGGUGCAGGCGUGCCAUGCCACCUUCCCUGACCUGCAGAGCUCCUCCGUGGGCCAGUGCGGCCACGAGCGGGACUUGGACCCUGAGGCCGCAUCAGCUGGUGUUGCCAUGGCUGCCUCUGUGUGCUCGUCCUCUGCCGCGUCCUGCUCUUCGCUUUCCUCCUCUGCUGCCCCAACUCCAGCCACCCCGUCACCUUUCUCUCAGGGCAGAGCCUCCAGGUUGGGCCAACCUCAUGCCGUGUCCCUUUCACUCUCCCUGUCACCAAAGGCUGAGGACGCACAGUCACACGUUGCGUACAGCCAGGUGCCAGACAGCAAGCCCUCCUCAGAUGCACAGCAGUCGCAUGCAUUGGCAGAGUGUCCCCCAGUGCUCCCUCUUCAGCUGAAGAUGGAAGUGGAGGAAGAGGAGGUGGCCAGUGGAUGUAUGGAAGAAAGGACCGAGAAAGAGCGGGGUGAGCUGGAGAACACACAAGCAGUGGUCAGUGGGACUAAAACGUUAGCGGGUACCAGUGUCCCACUGAGCAGGGUCUCAGAGGCCUGCUCCUUCCCAGAUUCCUCUGCCCAGCUGGGCAACGAGACCUGUGCUCCGUCCUCCUCCUGUGCAGAGCCUCUGGACGGCCUGCAGAUGGGGCCAGUGGAGGAUGGAGUGGUGGCCACCAUCUUUGAAGAGGAGGAGGCUGAGGAGAGAAGGAGGUUGCAAGCCGGGGAGCAGCCAGAGGGGGCUGAGCAGUGGAGAGGGCUUGCCGAGGAAAUCAUCGAGUUGAGCGACGAAGAGGAGCGCUACCUGGAGGAGGAAGAGGAGGACGAGGAUGAAGAAGAUCUGGUGUUUGUCGAGAACGGCAGUGGGAAUGGCAGCAGCGGCGCGGAUGAUCCAUCCAGAGAGGCAGGCAUGGCAGCGGCGGCAGCAUGUAAAGCCUGUGGGCUGGCACUCCCAGCAGACACCACGGCCAUCCGGGCCCACGCCGAGACGCACCUGACAGAGACAGGCGAGUGCCGCGUGUGUGGAGCGGCCUUCCCAGAGCAUGGCGCCAGCGUCACUCACGCCCUCUCGCACGUGGGCAUCCUGUUGUUCUCUUGUGACAUGUGCCAGCUGCAGUUCAGCAGUCAGGCCAAGUUGGUGCGCCACCGCCGGCAGUCGGAAGCUUGUUACAGCCUCCCCUCCCCCGAUCAGCUCAACAGUGUUACCCAGAGCCAAGGGGGAGAAGUGCAGUGUGCCGUAUGCACCAAACCUUUUGCCAAAGACUUCAAGGCUGUACGAGAGCACCUGCUGACCCACGUUUGUGUCCAGUCUUUGCGCUGUGUGGUGUGCCAACUGUCUCAGCCCUCCCUCUGUGCCCUGCUGUGGCACGCCCUCACACACCUCUCCCUGGCUGCCUUCUCCUGCCCGGUGUGUGCCUGUGGCUUCCUGGAGCGCCCCCUGCUGGACAGGCACAUGGUGCUGCAUGCCGACACCUCCAUACUGGCCAGGGGAGGAGGGCCAGACGGCGCCAACGGGCUGGAGGAGGACUACCGCUGCUUCCUGUGCCCACAGACCUUCAGCUCGGCCGCCACCUUCCAUAGCCACCUGAGCGCCCACGCCGGGGGAGAGCUGGGCCUUCAGGGCUGGAUGGGCGCUAGGAAGCGCAAACACGACACAGGGCUGGACUUCUCAUCCUGCUCGUCCUCCUCCCCAAUGGAUGGUGGUGGAGGAGGCAGCGGUCUGGGCAAACUCAACCUGGGCUUCAGCCUGGGCAUGGGUCUCCAGGACAAAGUGCUCCAGGGAGGGUUGCCCUGCUUCCCUGGCGGGCUGAUGCCGAACAGCAAUGACGGCUCAGGCGGUGCGAUGGGUGGAGUGGUGAAGCAGAAGUGGUACCGAUGCCGCUACUGCGGGAAGCGCUUUGCCCACUCAGGCGAGUUCACGUACCACCUCCGCAUCCACACCGGGGAGAAGCCCUACCAGUGCAAGGUGUGCCUCCGCUACUUCCGUGGCCGCUCAACCAUGAUCUGCCACCUGAAGACCCACUCUGGCGCGCUCAUGUACCGCUGCACUGUCUGCGGCCUCUACUUCUCCACGCUCAAGCUGGUCUCCUCACACAUGGAGUUGCACAAGGACCAUCUGCCCCCAGACUUCAACAUCGAGCAGACCUUCAUGUAUAACGACCACUCCAAAGAGCCCCUGUCCAACCUGGAUGUCCCCUGAGUUGUCGAUAUCUCAACCCCACUGCCUUGUCCUAAGUGUUUCCUAUUUCUUAACCUCCUUGUGUUUGCCUGGGGACCAUAGCUCCGUGGACACAGAAUGUAUUUAACUGCCUGUUGGUAUAACCAUUGUGCUUUUCUAUGUGAAAUCUUGAGAUGGUAUAGCAGACAUUUUUUUUUUUUUGUUCUACAGAAGAAAAAAAAUCAGCCUUUAUGCGGUGCGUAGCAGUUUUUAAAACUCUGUCCAUUACUUAAUGGUCAGUAUUCCAAGCAAUGUCAUAGUAAUGUUUGUUGACUGCUGUAUGUGUUGAGUGUGUGAAAUGAAACCUUUUGAAAUUGGGUAGCGCCAUGGCUACUUGAUGGCAGCAUAUUUGUGUGGGUGGAAAUCCCUAGAGUACUAUCAAGUAAGUGGUUAUCACCUCAGAUUCUAUUUGCUCUCUCAGGCCUAAGCCAUGGAAGACACAACAAGCUUUUUAAAUUAACUUUAAAGGUGCAAUAUGUUGUUUUUGUUGUCAGAAUUCGAAAAUGCUUUGAGACUUACAAAAAUGUCAGCAUUCUAAGGGCAUAGUAAAGCAACAGCAUCAGACCGUUUUAAUAGAUAUUGUUUGUUGUUUGUCUGGGAUUAUAUACUGUGUAAACCAAAACAUGAAGAAAACAAAUCCAUAAGAAAAACAUGUUUUCAAGCUCUAAGCCUAUAGAAUGUGCAAUUCUAUAGUGUGCUAAAUCAUAUUGUCCUUCAGAAUGGCAUUACUACGGAGCCCCUAAGGAGACAUGAGCAAAAAUCUAAAGUUUAGUUUUGUGUGCUCACGUGAAACUUUCACGUGCUCACCUGAAACUUUCAUGUGCUUACGUGAAACUUUCAUGUGCGCACAUGAAAGUUUCACGGGAGCACAUGAAAGUUUCGUGUGCGCACGCAAAGCCUUUUCACAUGAAACUUUCAUGUCCACACAUGAAACUUUUACGUGAGCACAUGAAACUUUCAUGUCUGCAUGAAGGUUUCAGGUGAGCACAUGAAACUAAACUUUAGAUUUUUUUUUUUUUGCUUAUGUCCCCUUAGGGGCUCAUACAGGGGCUCAUACAUUACUGUAUUGGUCUUGAAAGUGUUUGUCUUUGACAUCAAGACACUAUAUAUUUCACCUUUAUGCUACCGCAGUUCUGAGCAAUAGAAAAGCCUCGUUCUGCACACUGACCAGGUGAGGUGUUUUUACUUAUAACUGUUAAUUACUGAAAAUAAUUCCUCUUUCAAAAGUCAAUUGUGUUAUUUUUAUAUUAGAGCGGUCACGUAGGUAUAAUGUAUAAUCUUAUGUGGAAUAUUUUGUGUGUGUCUGUAAUACAUCGGUUUGUUGUGGUGUUCUAAUAGGUUAACGUGGAAGUUCUGUAUUUUACAACCUAGAGUCUAUUUUUGGAUGAUAACGAGUCUACAUUUUUGUUUGGGAGUAAAACAACAUCAAUUUGAGUUUUGAGUAUAACCAGAAAAUGCCUGUGAGGAGAAAGUCCGUUCAAGUCAAUUACCAAACUCUUCUCCUUUUUUGUAUAUUGACAGUAGUUUGUAAUGCAUUCGGUAAUCAACUUGUUCAGACUUUCUCCUUGCAAGAUAAACUGCCCCGAUUGACGUUGUUCUAAUCCCAGUAAAAAAUGUACUCCUUCAUGAGUUAUCAUUCAAAAGUAGACCCUAGGUUGAAAAAUGCCCAUCUUCUUUAAGUAUACUUAAUAAUCUUGAACACUUAAAUAUCGAUAACUCCUCUUCCAAGAGACAUAUCAGUGGUACUGCCAAUAUAGGAAUUGGUGAAAAGAGCCAACACUGGUGCAAAACUGUGUUGUGUAAAACAGAUGUUCUUCUGGGUUCUGUGCCAUUUGUCUAUGUAUAAGAAAAUACUUACAUUUUGAUAAGCUUUAUAUGCCAAUGUCAUUUUAGAUCAUGUUUAUAUUUUGAUUAUGUUUCGGUCAUCUUGAGGACUCUUCAACAGACAGUGCUUACCUUAAGCGUGGAUUAUGUCCUCAUGGGCCUCAUCUCCUGUUUUGUCAGACUUUUAUUUAUUUUAUUUAUACAGUUGUUAUUCUUUGUUUUGUUAAAAAACAUAUUACCAUUCACAACACACAGAAUGCCUUUCAAAACAUUCUAAUGGUUUGUCUUUCCAAGUGAAAUUAAAAUAUCGAAAGAAAAUAAUGUCAUGAUUAAACUAUGGUGAUUAGAGAAUUAAAUGGUUCCUUGCAAAGCAAACCCAAUGCAGUGUAUCUACGUCUUUUAAGUGAAUACUAGUUAUUAGUUCUGAAAACCCACACUAGUUGUAUAUAUAUUUUUUAUAAUGUA